AGUACAGGGUAGAGCCCUAGAAGAGUCUCAGCUGGUGGCUGGUGUUGCAUUCAAGAAGACUUUCUCUUAUGCUGGGUUUGAAAUGCAGCCCAAAAAGUAUAAGAACCCCAAGAUUGCCCUCUUAAAUGUUGAGCUCGAGUUGAAAGCAGAGUAAGAUAAUGCUGAAAUCAGAGUUCACACAGUGGAGGAUUACCAGGCAAUUGUUGAUGCUGAGUGGAACAUUCUCUAUGACAAGUUAGAGAAGAUCCAUCAGUCUGGAGCCAAAGUCAUCUUGUCCAAACUCCCCAUUGGGGAUGUGGCCACCCAGUACUUUGCUGAUAGGGACAUGUUCUGUGCUGGCCGCGUGCCUGAGGAGGAUCUGAAGAGAACAAUGAUGGCCUGUGGAGGCUCAAUCCAGACCAGUGUGAAUGCUUUGGUGCCAGAUGUGCUGGGCCACUGCCAGGUGUUUGAAGAGACCCAAAUUGGAGGCGAGAGAUAUAAUUUCUUCACUGGCUGCCCUAAGGCCAAGACAUGUACCAUCAUCCUCCGUGGUGGCGCUGAGCAGUUUAUGGAAGAGACAGAAUGGUCCCUGCAUGAUGCUAUCAUGAUCGUGAGGAGGGCCAUCAAGAAUGACUCUGUGGUGGCUGGUGGUGGAGCCAUCGAAAUGGAGCUCUCCAAAUAUCUGCGGGAUUACUAGAGGACCAAUCCAGGGAAACAGCAGCUGUUGAUUGGGGCAUAUGCCAAGGCUCUGGAAAUUAUUCCACAACAG